AUGUCAACAGGAGGCGAAGCACAACAGCAACCACCACCAACACCCCCGCCUCAACCGCAACCACAGCCAUCACCUCAACCGCAACAACCAGAUCAACAGCAAACAAACUCAAGAUUACCUCCAACACAUAAAAUCCGUUCAUCAGUAUUCUAUUAUUUCCUUUUACAGCUUAUGUGGCUUUGGAAUUUAAUAGAUACAGUUAUUUUAAUUAUUAUUCAGUCAAUGAAACUUUAUCAAUUCCCUGCACCGCGCGGACCACGCAAUUUUGCAAUGAUAGCACCAUUCUUGCUUUGCUUGUUCUAUUGCAUUCGCUUGUGGCUUGCAACUCCAGGUAACAGAAGUGAAAAAUGGGUUUUAUUACUUCUUUCCAUAAUAUUCCUUAUCGGUUGCGUUCUUAUGGAUGUUUAUUUCAUUGUCUGGCAACCAUAUUUGUGGAAAUGGGAAUUUCCAUUCCACAUUGUUUCUUUAAUAUUCGAAGUUAUCUUCUUCUUGUUUACAUGUUUGAUGAUCAUUGUUUUCUUAGCUAAAAAAUAA